GUUUGGAGAGCGUGUUGAGUUUAAUCAAUUCAUAACGUCGAGAUGGAGCCGAACUCACUGAAGUGGGUGGGCUCGUCUUGCGGUUUACAUGGACCAUACAUUUUCUAUAAAGCCUUUAAAUUUCACCAAGAAGCCAAGCCGAGGAUUUUGUCUCUGGGUGACUUUUUCUUUGUCAGAUGUAAACCUGAGGAACCUAUUUGCAUAGCGGAGCUCCAACUGCUCUGGGAAGAAAGAACAAGCAAGCAACUUUUAUCAAGUUCCAAACUUUAUUUUCUACCAGAGGAUACUCCCCAGGGAAGGACGGUCACACACGGAGAGCAUGAAGUCAUUGCCGUAUCCGAGAAGGUGAUAGUGCGUCUGCAGGACCUGGUGAAGUGGGCCGUGCCGGACUCGUCGCUAUGGGGACAUGGGCUGAAGGUGGAGCCCCUGAAGCCCGCCGUACUACACAAGCUGGGCACCAACGGGCGUCGAGAGGCUCUGCACCGCUACAGGGAUACCACCUGGACCAGCGGCCUCAACUUCAAGGAUGUGCAGAGGGAGAGGGCCAAGCUAGGUCAAGAGGAGGAUGGCCGUAAAGUACUGGUCCUGAGUUACCCACAGUACUGCCGGUACCGCUCAGUGAUGGUGCGUCUCCGGGAGCAACCGUCAUCUCUGCUCAUUGACCACACUGUGCUGGCUCUGGGGGGCAUCGCGGCGCUGGGAGGAGCCACGAGGAUCCUUUACUGUAGGGACACCUUUGAGCACCCCUCCCUCCUGCACAACGACAGCAUCUGUGAUCAGUUUGCCCCUAACCUGAAAGGACGACCUCGAAAAAAGAAGCUGUCGGUGUCCCAGAGAAGAGACUCCCAGAGCCAGGCUCAGGGUCAAGGUCAAGGGUCAUCGGGGUCAUGUCAGGUUUCCGCAGUGGCCUCAGUGCAGGACCCCUGCAGUGCAGAGAACAAAGCUUCUAUAAAGGUCAAGCCAAGCUGUAAAGUGGUACCCAACGGCAAAAUACCUCCAGUAGCCAAACACAAGGCCAACAACCUCAGCAAGAAGUGUGUACCUGAAGAGAAAGAGCGGGUCAAGGAGAAGGAAAAGAGAGAGGAGAGGGAGGUGAAGGUGGAGCAGGAGGAGAGGAGAGAGGAGGAGCUGACGGAGGAGGGGCGGGCGGAGGAGCAAGCCUUCUUAGUGGAGCUCUACAAGUACAUGAAGGAACGGGACACGCCAAUCGAGAGGAUUCCCUUCCUCGGAUUCAAACAGAUCAACCUUUGGACCAUGUUUCAUGCUGCUCAGAAACUCGGAGGAUAUGAGUUGAUCACAGUUCGCCGUCAGUGGAAACAUGUCUAUGAUGAAUUAGGCGGAAACCCCAGCAGCACCAGUGCAGCCACAUGUACGCGCAGGCACUACGAAAGACUCCUCCUUCCAUAUGAGAGGCACAUUAAAGGCGAGCAGGACAAGCCCCUCCCCCUGACUAAACCCAGGAAGCAGGAGGGCGGCCCAGAGAAGGCACCAGGAGCCAAACUCAAAGGACUGGGGACCAAGAAACCCAAAAACCCCAACAAUCUCAAACAGGCCAGUAAAAAGGAGAGAGGAGACGCCACUCUAGGCCAGGAGCAAUCACAGGAUGUAAGCACUAAGGAGGAGAUACACAGUAGGUCUUUGGUAAAUCCAGAUGAACCCAUUGUAAUAGAAGAGGAGGAACUGCACCUCACGCUGAAGGAGGAGACCCUGUCAGCUGAGCAGGGGUCACUGUUGUGCCCCAAAGAGCCUGACUAUAGGAGCCAUGUAUCAGGGCGAGGUCUCCUCACAGUGCCCUGUCCUCCGCCUGAGUGGAGACAAAUCAGUGACGCCCUGCAAGUCAAACUCACCUGUGAACAGCCCACUGAAGGGCAUUUUAUCCACAAAAACCCCUACCUGCCUCACCGCUGGGACCACCACAAACCAGUGGCACACAUCGCCCUUCCUGAGACCACUUCAAGAGUAAAGGACACUGUAGAGAGUCAUGGGGGGAGAGUGGGCAAAGUGCUGCCAAUGUGUAAGCAGCUAGAGCGGCAGUCUGCAGACAGCAGCUCAGAGGACGACUAUACUGUCAUAAAGAAGGAGUCUGCAGCUUACAAAGCCAGUCAGGGGGUUAUGUCUCCACUGGCGAAAAAGAAGCUCCUGUCCCAGGUGUGUGAGUCAAACACAUUUGCCUUUUCUCUUCAGCCUUCAUUAGCCCCACUCCCAUCCGCCUACUCAUCGCUCUCCCUCUCAGACAGGGACACAGAAAAGAGAAAAGAGGACUCUGGACAGAGGCAGAGCUCAGACAGUCUGUCUGAGGUGCCCAUAUUCAGGCCCUCUGUCAUUCAGCACGCUCAGAGCACUAAGACACAGCACACCAGCAGUAGUCAGGCCGACAGAGGAGAGCUCUCUGAGGUCCUUAGCCGUAGUGCACGUCACAUUCAGCCCCAAGUCAGUGCGCCGUGGCAACCGUAUCUGCCCCCGGACGCAAGUGACCAGGACAAGUUAGUGCAGCAGAGUGCAGUGGGUCAGUCCAGAAGUUACACACGCGACUGUUACUCAUCACCUCACCUCAACAGUCUGUACCGACAAACAGAGACCUGCCUGAGCCAGGACCGGGUGUCAGGUUUCACCAAUGGAGAGGGCAGGAGGGAGCAGUACGGGCGGGAGCGCGAGGGCACUCAGGGCUUUGUCUGCAUUGAACCUGAAGGACUGGCUUAUAGAAGUCACUACAGUGACAGAAAUCAGGACAGCAGAGAGGCUGAAGAUGAGCCCAGAGACUUCAGCAUAUCCAAACAGAGGCUGUCUUCAGUCUCCAAAUCCUCGUUCUGCAGUUUGUCGUAUCCCAUCAUGCACCAGAGUUUGGAGUCGCACCCUAAGGCGUGUAAAGUGACUCCCAUGACUGUCUCUCCCUCUAAACAGACUUCAGAUACACAGCAGUCAUUCCCCAGUCCCAAGACCUCAUCUGAAUCUAGUCCCAACAGACCCAGUAAGAGGAGUGUAGCAGAAGCUGAGAGUGAGGACGCCCCCCAGAGGAAGGUGCGGGUGGUGACCCCCAUCCACCCCACUGCUGCUUCGCGCCGCAGUGACCCGGAGGAGCUCAAAGCGGCUGAGCCAGCGCAUGCAGUUCACCUCAACAAUCACAUCCCAGAAGGGCACCCCACUACCACAUACCCCCACCCUCACGCCGCACUGUACUCGGGCCUGUAUGCCCCCGGCAGCCUGGUGUCUGCUACUGCACAGGACAGCCUCCAGCAGCACCCGGGCCUACAAUACCUCAAGAGCCAAUCAGCAGUGUCACCCCUGGUCCCGCCUUUAGCCUUUCACUCCAUGAUGUUACACAGGCAGCUGCUGGCAGCCAGCCCCAGCGCACAUGCCUUCUACAGGCACCCGGGCGGAGCCGCCCUCUACGGGGACCUGCUGCACCACCUCUACCCCCUGUCCACCCUCCCACCCCCUCAGCUGUCCUCAGUACACCCCAGCACCAGACUGUGAAUCACAUCAUGCUCAAACACUGACAUUACCAGCCCAUGAACCCAUUGGUCAGGCAGACUGAAAAGUCCUGUGUAUUUUGCAAUUAGUUCUAUACUUUGCACUGCUCUGUUUUUAUCACCACUUACUGUAUCUUUGUGUUGUAUUCUUAUUUGCACAAUGCUCUUGUAUGUUUAUGUGCCCACAUUUCCGCUCUCAGUCAUUGUGAGUCAGGUCUGUUGCUUGGACAAUGUUUUAAAAAAGUGAAAAGCAACAGAGUAAAGCCAUUGUUUACUGCAUCUGAGGGCUAAACUUUGUUGCUUGGAAACACUAAAGUGAUGUAUAUGAAGUGUUUGAUCUAACAAAGCUGCGUUCACGAUCACCACCAUAAUGAGUGCAUUAUUACACUGAAGCCAGUGGUGUUGUGCAUGUUUACAUUUCCCUUUGACUGUCCACACUGCAGAGCGCUGUACGCUGCUGCAUCUCAUGACCUCGUCUCAUUGUUGCUUUCUGAGGUGCUGUGUUGGCAGACGUACUGUACACUCUAUGACUCACUGCAGGUUUAAUAUUAGUUAUGUAUUUUAAAUACAUAGAACACAAGUACUUGUCAAUAAUUCUAUAAUGUUUUGCUGUCCGAAAAGAAAAAAGAAAAACAUUUUGAUUUUAGAUCCACACAAAAGGCCCUUAUGUGAUUGUAGAUUGUAGCAGUGUUUAGUCCAUAGGACCAGCGUGAUGACGCAGCCAUUGGCUGUUGAGUGCUCUUAAAACAUCAGCAUUUCAUCUUUUUAUUCCUAAACUUGAAAAGCUCUUUCUGUUGAAAACAGACUCUUUAUGUGACUUUAUAGGAAUGUUGUCAUUUAGGAUAUCAUUGCUUUGCAAAUACAGUAUCUGUGCCUUUUGCAGUCUUGGAUUAGAAUUAGCAUUACAGAUUAAUUGGUUUUAUUCUGUAGCAGGAUUGGCCUAUAAUUAUUAUUGUCACUUUGAAGAUAAUGCAGAGCCCUCAACACACUAUAGGCACCAGACUUUAUUACAUAUUAUUUAAAUAUUUCCUUUAAUAGGUUGCUUUGAAUUAAUUGCUUAACUGUAAGAAAAAUGUAUAAGUUAUAAAGUUAGCGCUUUAACAAAGGUUAGUUUUUCCAACUCCUCAUCUUAAACGCAGUACAUAUGUUUUAUCGCUGAAGAAAAGGUACUAUAAAUUAAACGCUUCAGCCCCAGGUAGAAGGGAACACCUGCUCUGGCUUUUACGACCACUAGAACUGCAGUUAGUGGAAAUACACCGUGGACAUGUGCAUAUGUGGGAUAGUUUUACUGAACUUAAAAAAAAAACACAUUAAUUUCUUACCAAGUACUGUACAUUGCUGCGUGUAAGUGAAACUGACAGGAUUGUGGGGAAGCCCCCUGUACAGAUGUCGCUCAUACGGGAUCAAAUGGCAAUCCUUCUCUUGUCUUAUUUUGAUGUACAUAGCUGUGUAGAUAAACUGCGUGGCUGUUAUCAUAUAAACAGUUAUAAUCUGUAAAUAGUAUAUAAGCGAUAUAAAAGUCGGUUACACAAUCUAGCUGUGUCCUUGUUUGCUCUGGGUCAAGGUCACCAUAAACAUGUUAGAUUUUAACACUACAAUUUAAGAACUAGGAUAUUCUUUAGUUGUUUUAUUUUUAUGUUGUUUUCAUCAAUGUGCAUCCUUAAAAGUGUUUUUGAUACAUUUUACCAAUCAUCCAGCUGGCAAGCAAGACAAAAAAUAAAGACAUUUUGUAUGAUAUGACUUCCUGUAUAUUUAAUUAAAAUAUUUUACUAUCUACACAA